GAAGACUCCUGGCCUUUCAAAGUCAUCGCAGUACCGCAAACCCCCAAGCGAACGUACUGUGUAUGCCGUCGCACCUUCUGCAGAUCUCAUGUGAUACGCACCUCAGAAUUCAUUCCUUCCAGGGCCUCAAACGGGAAGAUGUCGCUCCAGCCAUACCUAGACCACCCAAUCGUGCCGACGGCACUGUUUCUCACGGCCAUAUCAUGCUUUGUGUUGUUCAGCAUUCGCCUCAGGAAAGGUCUCAGAGAUAUUCCAGGCCCUUUCUUCGCCAGCAUCUUCCCCUUCGACCGGAUGCUGACGACAUACUCCGGCCACCAAUUCGCAAAACACCUUGCCUACCACGAGAAAUACGGUCCAGUCGUCCGCAUUGGACCCAAACAUGUUUCGAUUUCCGACUCUGAUCAGAUAUCAGUUAUAUACAAUAUAACUUCGAAAUUCAACAAGAGCAACUUCUACACCCUCUUCCACGCCAAAUCUCCCAAUGGCAACAUCCCAACCGUCUUCUCGAUUACCGACCCGCAAGGCCACAGGGACCUCAAACGCCCCGUGGGGGCCGCCUUCGCACUGAGUGCCCUUCUCGACCUCGAGUCGCUGGCCGAUGAAUGCACGGCCAUCCUCCAGCGCAAACUCGAUGGCUUCGAAGGCCAGAACAUCGACUUCGGCACCUGGCUGCACUGGUACGCUUUCGAUGUCAUCACGUACAUUACCUUCUCGAAUUCCAUCGGCUUCAUGGAGCGAGAACAGGAUGUCCAAGGCAUCAUAUCCGCCAUUGAGGGCCGACUGUUCUACAACUCAAUCAUUGGGCAAGUCCCGUCAGUGCACAAGUUUCUGCUCGGAAACCGCUUCAUCUCAAGGUUGGCCGACAUGAUACCCACUCUUGCACGGUUGAACUCGUCGCAGUAUAUCGUUAACUUCGCCGGACAGCAACUGUCACGACGACAGACUGCGGCUGCGGAGCAUGGGAAGAAGGAUAUCGUCGCGCGGUUCAAGCGGAUCAAGGAAGGCGAGCAGGUCAUUACCGACAAGGAACUGCUGGGCCAUGCCGCUUCAAAUGUGUUUGCUGGUAGUGAUACAACUGCGAUCUCAUUGCGAGCCAUGUUCUACUACCUAUGCAAGAACCCACGGACGUACAAGAAGCUCGUUGACGAGAUUCUCGAGUGCGACGCACGAGGCGAGCUAUCGGAGUAUAUCACAUACGGCGAAGCUCAGCAAAUGCCAUAUUUCCAGGCUUGUGUCAGAGAAGCUCUGCGCAUGCAUCCGGCUGUCGGCCAGCUUCUGGAGAGGAUCGUGCCCGCUGAAGGGGCCACCAUCUCUGGACAUUGCUUGCCUGGCGGGACGAUCGUGGGAAUGAACCCGUGGGUUGCGGCCAGAGACAAGAAGGUCUAUGGCGCGGACGCCGAUGUCUUUCGUCCGGAACGGUGGCUCGAGGCUGAUGAGAGGACGAUCAAGCUCAUGGAUCGGAAUUGGUUGGCGUUUGGUGCCGGUGCGAGGACGUGUUUGGGCAAGAACAUUUCACUGAUGGAGAUGUCGAAGCUCGUGCCUCAACUUCUUCGACGGUAUCAUGUCGAGCUGGCAGAUCAGCAGGCCGAAUGGACUUUGCAUGACUACUGGUUUGUGAAGCAGGAGGGCUUGCGAUGCGUGUUGACAAGACGGACCAGGAUGGUUCAUACCUGAAGUCCUGCAUCUCAGAGAGAACAGCACGGCAAGGAGGGGCGACUGGCGGCCUGUUUGCAUCAGAGGAGCACAAUACAUCGUGAGCCGUGGUCGUCUCUCGUGUUCCCUGACAAACUCACUUCCAAAUCUCCACUAACCAGGAACCCAACCUUCGUACUUCUGGGAGAAAGUUUGUCCAUGCAGUUAUACGAGACUUCGGAAGUCUUUGGCUUGGUAUGGACUGGGGUAAAUUGCUGUCAAAGGUCC